CUGGCCUUUACGAUAAUCAUCUCACUGUCUUGUCUUAAUGUCUUUCUGUCUGUAAAAAAUACCAGCCCUCCAGUAUAUCCAUUAAGAAAAAAUUAGAGAGAAGUAGAGAUAGAGAGAGAGAGCAGCAAAAUAUGGGUUGGGGUUCGGAAAUGAGAAGAAAGCUGCCAAGAAAUCUUCUGUUAAUUGGUUUGGUUGUUAUGACGAUGCUAACAACAUCAGCAGUUGAAGCCAGAGUUCGUUUCUGCGAAUCCGAAUAUGAAUUCCAAUUGCCGGUUUGUUGGAAGGAACUAGUGAUGGCUAUUGAUGGAACAGCUCCUGGUCCGUCAACCAGUGGAGAUAUAUUGAUUUUGGAACUUAGAAAUAGUUUCUUAACAGAAAAUGUUUCUAUCCAUUGUCAUGGAAUUCGUCAGAUUGGUAGUGGUACUACAUGGGGUGAUGAUGGAAUUGGAGGAGUUCUUCAAUGGUCACCUGGAAAAACUUUCUUUUACAAGUUUGUUGUUGAUAGACCUUGGUCAGAUUUCUACCAUGGGAAUUACGGGUCCAUACAGGUAGCAGUUCCUGAACAAGUAGUAUUGCAUGAUGAUUACCAAAUAAGUAUCAUCCUUAAUGAUUGCUGUGAUGAGGGUACUUGUGAACUAGCUACUGGUUUAGCUUCUAAACCGUGUGUUUGGAUUGGAAAACCUAAGUCACUAUUGAUUCAUGGAAGAGCAGGAUUCAACUGUUCCCGUCCAACCAAUGCCAUUUCAGAUUGUUGUAACGGGAUGAAGCCUGAAUGCUCUCCUUGUGUGGUAACUGUUGUUCAAGGGAAAACUAUUUGGUUAAGAAUUUCGAGCUUCACAUCUUUCUCUGUACUGAAUUUCGUAAUCGAGGGGAAUAACAUGACCGUAUUAGAAGCCGAUGGACAUUUUGCUGAGCCAUUCAUUGCUCCAAACCUGAAUAUUUACCCCGGCGAAACUUAUUUUGUUUUAGUGAAAACCGAUCAAGAUCCAUCCAAGAUUUAUUGGGUUGCCUUUAAUGUUAUUGGUGGAAAACCGGCAACACCAACCCAUUUAGCCAUCUUAAAUUACGAUCCUAACUAUAACCAUAAACCUCCAACAUCUGCUCUGCCUGCGGUUCGCUUUUGGUCCUUGUGGAGCAACUUCUCGCGGUCCACACAUCUUGGCAGAAAUUCGGUGUUUCUUUUGUUACUAUUUUAUCUGCAAGAGCAUAUCUACUGGGGAAUCGUCUUUUUCUUGUAGACAUAGGAUGGUCAUGAUGAGUAAAGCUGUUGGUGGCACGAUUGGGAAUAGAUGAAAGGUUAUUGUUGCAGAGCAAUUUUGAGGUCUUCUUCAACUGUUCUUAUCGGAACUGAUGAACAUUCAUUCAAAUGGUAGGAUGAUUUCAGUUCGCUUUUGGUCCCUGUGGAACAACUUCUUGCAGUCUUCACAUUUCGCCAGAAAUUCGCUGAUGUUCUAUUACUAUUCUAUCUUCAUCAAAUUCAUUGGGGAAUCGUUCUUUCUUGUAGAAAUAAGGAAUAAUUGUGAUGAGUAAGUAAAGCUGUUGGUGGCACGUGAUUUGGGAUAGAAGAAAGAUUAUAAUUGUUGCAGAGCCAUUUUGAGGUCUUCUUCAACAUGUUCUUAUCGAAAUUGAGGAACAUUCAUACAAAUGCUAGGAUAAUUUCAGAAGGGAAUUGGCUUGGAAAAUGUACCAGAAGGAGACAUGGGAUGUUUUCCGACUUUUUCACUACCCUGGUGCUCCUGUGAAGAAACCAAACAUCCUAUCUCAGCAAAGAACACACAGUUGUGUGUACCAAAGUCACACAGCGCAUGAACACACUCUUUAUCUUGUUAUUUCUUGGUUCAGUAUUUUCCAUCUACAGUUACAGAAUUGAUAUGUAAUCGACUGUCACCGUGCUUAUGAUUUUCUUACUUUUAUUUGUUACAGGUUCACAAGAUGUUCAAUUUUGAGGCUCUAAUUCUUACUUGAAUACUGAGUAUAAAGACUUCAGUUCCCAGGUGUUCAGUUUGUGUCGUCUGAUUCUUACGCGAAUCCUGAGAAUAACGACUACGGAGGAAAGCUUUCAUGAACUGAGAAGGCACAGACAGUCCUUUUCCAUAUGUUGUUUUAGACUGGGCUCUUUAUUUUACCAUGUCACUGCAUAAUUUUAUUUGGCUUUGUAAGUUCUGUAUCUCUUUCGAAAUUUAAAUGUGCUCAACAUUUUGCAAAUCUGAAUGAGUGUACAUUUUUUAGAUCACUUUCCUUUGAAGCAGGGAUUUACAU